GUCCACAAAAAAUAAUUCUCCUUCAACCAAGCAAUUACAACAGGCACAACAAUUAUCUCUCAACCUUCUAUAUAAGCCUAAGCUUUCUUCUUCUUUUUCUACCAUACCUAAAACUCAACCAUGGCAAAAGCGCAGACAACCCAUAUAGCAAUUCUGCCGAGCCCUGGGAUGGGUCACCUCAUUCCACUCGUUGAGUUCGCCAAGCGACUCGUCGACCAACACAACUUCACUGCCACCUUUGUUAUCCCUAGCAAUGAUUCUCCUUCAAAAGCUCAGAAAUCAACUCUUGAUUCUCUUCCAAGUUCUAUAGAUUCUCUGUUUCUUCCUCCUGUUGACUUGAGUGACCUCCCUGGAGAUUCGAAAAUUGAAACGGUGAUUUCUUGGACGGUGGCUCGCUCCCUUUCUCCCCUUCGGGAUGCCUUAAAAAAGCUGGUUGCAAACACAAAACUUGUUGGUUUGGUGGUUGAUCUGUUCGGGACUGAUGCAUUCGAUGUUGCUAGAGAAUUCAACGUCUCACCGUACAUAUUUUUCCCGUCCACAGCCAUGACCUUGUCUUUGUUUCUUUACCUUCCAAAGCUUGAUGAAAUGGUUUCAUGCGAAUACAGGGACCUGCCUGAACUGGUGAGAAUUCCAGGGUGCAUACCGAUUCACGGGAAAGAAUUGCUGGACCCAACUCAAGACAGGAAAAACGAUGCUUACAAGUGGCUUCUUCAUCAUACAAAGAGGUAUGGAUUGGCUGAAGGAAUCAUAGUGAACAGUUUCAUGGACUUGGAAGGAGGAGCAAUAAAGGGUUUGCAAGAGAAAGAGCCCGGAAAGCCACCUGUUUACCCUGUUGGUCCACUUGUUAACGUUGAUCCGAGUAGUAAAGCUGAUGGCUCGUCGGAUUGUCUGCAGUGGCUCGAUGAUCACCCACAUGGGUCGGUUUUGUAUGUCUCAUUCGGGAGUGGUGGGACACUGUCUUCUAACCAGAUACAUGAGUUGGCUCUGGGAUUGGAAAUGAGUGAACAACGAUUUUUGUGGGUCGUGAGAAGCCCAAAUGACAAGGUUGCCAACGCCACAUUUUUCAGUGUGGAUAGCCAGAAGGACCCUUUUGAUUUUCUACCAAAAGGCUUCCUGGAGAGGACCAAAGACCGGGGUCUAGUGGUGCCAUCAUGGGCACCACAGGCUCAAGUGCUGAGCCACGGCUCUACAGGAGGGUUUUUGACCCAUUGUGGAUGGAAUUCAACUCUUGAAAGUGUGUUUAAUGGGGUGCCUUUAAUCGCAUGGCCACUCUACGCUGAGCAAAAAAUGAAUGCUGCCAUGCUAACUGACUUUAUUAAAGUUGCAUUGAGACCAAAACCCAAUGAAAACGGCUUAGUUUGCGGAGACGAGAUUGCAAAGGCUGUUAAGGGUCUAAUGGAAUGUGAAGUAGGGAAAGGUGUUCGCAACAGAAUGAAGGACCUGAAGGAAGCAGCCGCAAAGGUACUCAGUGAAAAUGGGUCUUCCACCAAGGCACUCUCAGAGGUGGCCAAUAGGUGGAGGAAUCAGGCAAGUAGAAAUUAGAAACACACCCAAAGGUAACACACCCAAAACCUUUUAGAUAUCUUUUGAGAGUGACUCGUGGCCAAUUAGAUCAAGCAUAGAGUAAUUUUAACUUUAUUGUAAAUCUUUUACAUUUUCCUGUAUAUGGUCCUGGCCAUCUGGAUGUAAAAACAGCUAGCAUAUAUGUGUUUGAAUGUUAGAAGUGUUUGAGAUACAGUAAGCAGAUUUCUUGGGAGUUUCCAGUUAUGUUCUUUCUUCCCUUCAUUUGCCAUUGCUCAUCUCAUGAAGUAGGUGAGAUUGGUGUGGACGCAGCAUAGCAUUGCAUUGAAGUGAAUCGAAGGGGCGGUCCCAAUGACCAAAGAAAAACGUCUUCCAUCACAUUUUAGUCAUGGCCAAACUUUGCAUUAAUUAAAGGUAGCUGGCUGGUAUUGACUUUGAAGAUAAAAUUCAAUUCAGCGAUGAAUUCGAUGUUAAUUAAUUUUAAU